AUACCACACUGUGUGUACAAGAAUGGAAUCGGCUGUGUGUCAUAAUUAACACUAUAGUCAAAAUAUAUAAGGCUGGAAGCUGUGUUUCAUGCUCACAUGGGCGUUUUUCUCUUUGUAAAUCUGAGCGAUAAUGGAUAAGAAAUACAGUGUCUUCCCCUCCUCUCAAAUGUCACCAUCGACGUGUAGUUUGGAAGUGGGAUAGAAAAAAAACAAAAAAACACGCCGUGCUGUGAUGUUGGACACGGGAACCUCUGAUGAAACGGUCAACAGCUCCGAGGGCGCACGGAUUCCUCGCCUCAGCUGAGUAGACGACCUCCUACCGACUUACUUCACGUCACCCCGCCCGUCUGCCUGCCGUCUCCUCCCUAAAACCUCCGCCAGCACCAUCCCUUUGAGCGACUCUGGGCUGAGGGGAGGGGGAAAAGAAAAAGAGACACCGGGAGAGACGGAGAGGGAGAAAGUGAGAGAGCCAAUAUACACGCAGACUUCCAACAUCACCUAGACUACCUGCUCCUCCGGCACAACAAGGGGAGGAGGACGCACAAGUGCAGGCGCGUCCACGCGUGCCAGCCGAACAAGACAAUAAGCGGGCGAGAGGACCACAGAUCCGAAAUUGGAAGUGGGAGUUUAUCUUGAGAACUCUUUGGAAAAGAGCACAGCUUCUUUCUCUCUGAUUUUUUUUUUUCCCUGCUGCAAGAACAAGACAGCCUAAAUGAGUACACGGUAAGAAGAGUCAUGCAUCUGAACAGAGAAGAAGACAACAGCAAAGGCUCAGUGUCUCUCAGUGUGUUCCUGGUGUCUGUUGCAUUUGUGGUUUGUGCCGUCUGGCUGGUCGCUCUGUGUGGCGUCUGCACCUGGUGUCAACGUAAGCUGGGGAAGAGGAAUAAGCCCGGGGUGGAGGCUGCCAGCUCUCCAGAUUCUGUGAGAGGUCGAGGGGAAAAUAAAGCCAUCAAUGAUCUAGACAGAGACUUUUGGAACAACAAUGACAGCAGCAGCGUGCAACAGAGGUGGAGCUCCUACCCGCCCAAGGAGUUUCUCUUAAACAUGUCUCCCUACGCACCCUACGGAGACCCUCGCCUCACGCCCAAUGGGGCCAUGGAUAAGGGUGGGCAGGGCGGUGCUGGACCCUCGCCAGGGGCCAGCGACGGCGGGGGUGGUGCUUGCUCUAGUACUGGGGCAGGGCCCAGUCGCAGUGACAGCGUUCGGAGCAUGGUGACGGGGGGCAGCAAGGCCGGGCGCUGGCAGACGGUCCAGAGCCACAUGCAUGCCGGAGGCCUGCGGUUUGGCAAUUUUGGGGAUGCUUCCCUCUCGACCGCGUCCACCCUGGAGCACAUCCCGUCCUCGGCUGUGGCGCGCCCCCGGCCCCUGGUCCGGCAGCAGAGCCUCCAACAGCCCCUCACUCACCAGCCCCCGCCGGGUCCUAACGACCCCCCAGUCACCUCACAGAGCCUGGGCCAGCUGCACACGGGCCCAGGCGGCGGAGGCCAUCGCGGGGGCCCGCGCGGGGUCCGGGGGAGUCCGGCUGGAGCCUCCCGGUACAGAGGAGGAGGGGCAGGCCGAUCAAGGUCAAAUCCUGGCAGCUGGGAUCACAUGGUGGAGCAGAUCCGCCACAGAGGGCUGGAUGUCAAGUCAUUCUUCGAGGGGAAGAUGGUUGUUCUGUCUCUAGCAAUUGGGCUCGCUGAACAGGACGACUUUGCGAACCUCCCAGAUCUGCAGGAAGCGCCGGCGAGCAAAGAGAACGACACCACUCCAGAAAAGAGGACUCCAGGUAACAAACCAGGCAGCAGCCCCAGAGGUCAAACCCCAGACGAGACCGGUCGCCGCCACGACGCCAACUCCUCUGUUUCUGACUUGGCCAACUCGGUCACCAGUGACAUGCUCAUGUUGUCUCCAGGUUCGGAGGAAGACGAUCACGAGGGUCCAGUGUGUGAGAAACUGGGUCGUAUUCAGUUCAGUGUCGGAUACAGCUUUCAGGACUCCACCCUCACUGUCAAAAUCCUCAAGGGCCAGGAUUUGCCCGCGAAGGACUUUUCCGGCACCUCUGAUCCGUUUGUCAAACUCUACCUGCUGCCAGACAAGAAGCACAAACUGGAGACCAAGGUCAAGAGGAAGAAUCUGAACCCCCACUGGAAUGAGACCUUCCUGUUUGAAGGCUUCCCAUAUGAGAAGGUGGUCCAGCGGACUCUCUACCUGCAGGUUCUCGACUACGACCGCUUCAGCAGGAACGACCCCAUAGGAGAGGUGUCCAUCCCCCUCAACAAACUGGACCUGGCCAACAUGCAGACUUUCUGGAAGGAGCUGAAACCAUGCAGCGAUGGCAGCGGGAGUCGAGGGGAUCUGCUGGUGUCUCUGUGCUACAACCCCACAGCCAACACCAUCACUGUGAGCAUCAUCAAAGCCCGCAACCUCAAAGCCAUGGACAUCGGAGGCACUUCUGACCCCUAUGUAAAAGUGUGGUUGAUGCACAAGGACAAGCGUGUGGAGAAGAAGAAGACGGUGGUGAUGAAGCGCUGCCUCAACCCUGUUUUCAACGAGUCCUUCCCCUUCGACGUGCCUGCCCACGUGCUGAGGGAGACCACCAUAAUUAUCACCGUCAUGGACAAGGACAGGCUCAGUCGCAAUGAUGUCAUUGGAAAGAUCUAUCUUUCAUGGAAGAGCGGCCCUGCGGAAGUAAAACACUGGAAAGACAUGAUGGGUCGUCCCCGCACUGCCGUGUCCCAGUGGCAUGCUCUCAAGGCCUGAGGAAGCCAGUGAACGACCUGCCCACGGUGUUUUUUUUUUCUCUCCUCAGAAUUCAGCAUCCGCCUCUCAACCCCCACACAUCCCCUACUCCGUUAUAACCGGGGUCUCGGGCGGCAGAUAAUGUGUGUCAUCUCUUUGUUCUCAGGCCUCUUUGAUAUCCUCUGCCCUCAGUCCUCGUGACACCAUCCUUAAAUUUCACCCUUGUCAAGUUCUCAUUCCCACAUGACCCCCCCAUCCCUUUUGUCUGAACUUAAAAAAAUGUCUUUGAUGUCUUUACCUACGUCCUUCUUGUGCCCUCUUUUUUUUUUUCCAAGAUACCCCUCAGUCUUUCCUCCGCCUUGUCAAACAUUCCUAGUGUUAAGCAUCAGAGCGGUACCUUUCUUGCCACCCGUGAAUACAAACUACCAACCAAAAAUGGGUUCAAACUGAUAUUCCAUCCACGCUCUGCAGUGGCAAGACGGGCCGUGUUCAAACAUGCAUGUGAGUGUGAUCAGCGCUGACCUGUGCGACCCAUUUACUACCCUCAACUGGUGUCGCGGUGAGGAAUCUUUCACCCCGCUCCUCGCGUCCAUUUUUCCGUCACCGUCACUAUUCCACAUACCCUCAGUAUGCCUGAAAAAUUCGGAAAGACCAACGCAGGUGAUGGAAAAGUGCUGUAUUUGAAAUGGAAUUAGACUGGAAUUGGACUCUUGUCACUCAACCCAUGUUCAAACGUUUUUUUUUCCACUUUUCACCCUUUCUCUGGCACCACUGUAAUAAUUCUCCCUUGGCUGGAACCCUUCGUUGUCCGUGCGUGCUGUGGGUGAUGUGAUGUAAUCCCAAAUGGAGUUCUCUAACAACUGAAAAAAAAAAAAAAAAAGGAUAUGAACAUGAACAUUAAACGCUGGUCCAGGAGGGCGUUCUUAUUUUCUUGGAAAAGAAAUCCAGAUGGACAGAAAAAAACGAGUAAAGUGAUUAAUGUUGUGUUUUAUUUUUUGGGUUUUCAAAAGAACUUAAGAGAAUCAACCUGUUCUUCCAGACACAGAAAAUAAGCAAAAAGCCAGCUUCCAUAAGCGUGGAGGUGUGGGUUAAUGGAUGUGUGUGUGCCUGUGUGUGUGCCUAUGCCUGUGUGUGUGUGUGUGUGUGUGUGUGUGUGUGUGUGUGUGUGUGUGUGUGUGUGUGUGUGUGUGUGAGAGAGAGAAAGCGGGAGUACUUUGGACUUGUAGAGGCUAAAUUAAAGAUAUAUUUGAAAACAUCAUUGCCCUUCAUGAUAAUGAUGGUAUUGUUGGGAUUUGUGAUAUUGAAGUUAGCUGAAGAUGCAGGGGAGGUCACAGAGGCUAGUUAAAGGGUCAGUCCAUCCAAAUCACAGCCGGAUACACUAAAUUUACAUGUAUGUUUUUUGUUUGGUACCUGCUAAAAACAGGCAUUUGUCUUUUUCACACUGCCAGGAGAUAAGUUUGAUUGUCAGUAUUUUUUUAUCCCCUUGUGUAUCACAUCCGUUGUCACAAAUGCACCAGGAAAGCAGGGAUCAGUAGAAAGUAGCAGAUCAGGACUACAUCCAGGUCAUCUAAGAAAAGUCUUAAUCAAUAAACUAAAUUAGAUAGAAUGAUGUUUUUAUGGAGCUGAUAAUGGUGGUUGCUAAAGAGUGAGACAUCUCGCUUCUUUCUCAUCUGUGUUGAGUUACAUAUGCGCAGUGCCGACCAGGCAGCUGACAGUUUGCUGUAUAAAAUAUCUUUCUCUUCAGUCUCUCUUUCAAACUGACCGCCGACUGAACAAUGUUCAAAAUGUCAUAUCAUCAAGUCUGACAAGGGGCGAACAUUAAGGCGGCCAGGCAGAUCGUUUCAGAAGUCGUUGGUUCGAUCCCCUCGGAUCGCUGCUGCCACCCCAAAUACAAAAGAGAUCAAUAGGAUUUCGUUGUGGUUUAGUGAAUUCUGAAAAAUCCAGCAGGAGAUUUUCUUUCCAGAAAGAAAAAAAACAGUUAAUCAGAUGAUCCACAAACCCUUUAGUGAACGAUUUUUCAUUGGAACUACAAAAGAUCGCUGAAAACAUCUGACAACAGCAUCUGUCCUGAGCAACAUCGAUUACUCGAGCAUCACAAACAAACCUGCACUUGCCUCCAUCAUAGAGAUUUCUCAGUGGCACCGCAGAAAUUAAACAGACAUUUUUUGCAGUAAACUCACUGUCCCCUCACUAGCUUUUCACUGGUAUGUCUUUUUGAUUUCGACCCACAGUUUGCUUAGUUGAAUCCAUGGUCACAUGGUAAACUUGCACACCUGCAGAGGCCUUGCACCAAUCAGAUCCACCCCACGUCCCAGUGGUUUUUCUACUAUGAGAUCUUUGAUUCAACUCAGCAAACUCUCACUGACGAGGAGGCCCAUGAGAUGCAGUUGAAAGGAAAAUGAGGGAAACUGGACCUUGAGUUUUAUUUUUCUUGAAAUGCAACUAAUAUUUGGGGAUUUUUUUUGGGUGGGGGUGGGGGGUGACUGACAAUUUAUGAAUGUGGGCAGUUAGUGGCUUUGUUAGGGUUAUGGAUGGUAUUGUGUUUAGAAAAUCAGAUGUAGGUGAAAAAAGUCAAAGCAAACAUUUUUUCAGAGUCCAAAGGUGAUAUCAAACCUUUCAGUGUUGUUUUAUGGCUUUUAAACCAGAUGCAAGUCAGAGUUGACUCAAGACGCUUUUAGCCUCACUGCCUGAUUCACUGCCUGAAUGUGACCUCCCCCAAGUCCCAUGCAGACGUGUGCUGAUUGGAUGAAUGGAAACAAAUGAGAGUAAUAAUACCUGUACGGGAGGGGAGGGGGGGUCUUUUUACAUUCCACUGUUCGUUUUUGUCUACUGGAUGUGUGUAUGUGCGUGUGUUUGCACUGUGGGUGAGUGUCAUCGCAGUUUAGGUUGUGUGAUUGUACUUGCCGUGAGUCCCUCUGUGUGUGUAUAUAUCUGCACUAAGUUCUAUUUUGCCAGUUUAAUACAGAACAACAUUGUUUACCGUUUUUAUUCCGUAUGAAAUGAUCCAGAUGUACAAAGAGGUGUGUUUUUUUAACAGUUGUCACUUCUUUAAGAAUCACUGCACUCGUUGACGACGAUGCUGGAACAAACCUCUCUUCAUAGCAGGGUUUAUUUUUCCUCAUGUGUGGUUCAAACAUAGACGUACGGUUUGGGAGGACGAGGCAGAUCUGCUGUACGUGAGCGUGAGAGUGAGGGUCAAAGGGAAAAUGUCACAAGCAAACUUUACAAGAUAAAAACCCCUUUUCUUUGACCAUCAUACAACAGAUUUUUUUUUCAGUUCAGACAGAAGCAGCUACCGACAUUUCGUCCUCUCUUGUCCUUCCUAUCAGAUCUGAUUCACCGUGACCAAAAAAAAUAAAUAAAUGAAGGGUGGCACCUGAGCAUCACAGCUCCCGCGAAACACCCCUGUCGUGCACACAUGCUUUCUGACACGAAGUGUUCUGUGUGUGCCUUAUAAAAACCCUGCCACGCCUUGCUCUUCCACCAUAUGUGCUCCCUCUCCAAGUGUCAGGGAGGGGACGGGAGGGGGGGGGGAGGUGAGAUAGGAGAUAAUCAUCACCUCUUUGCAUCACUGUUAGCUACGUCUCAGGUCAGAGCAAAGCAUCGGAGCAUAUCCCAAAAUAACCAGGGACACCGUCAUCCGCGUGUCCUGCUGGCCCGGUGUGUUUAAACAAGGCAUUAUUUUUGAGUGUUGCUGACAAAGCAUUACAUUCCAAAGGCUUGGUGAAAGUCACAUUAAAUCGAUGCAAGUUAAAUAACAGUCAGGGUUUGGUACGUUUUAGUUGUAAGAAAUCGAGCUAGAUUUUGUCUGUCUACACUCUGCACUGGCCAAAUUUUACAGGAUAAGCUCGCAUUUCUGAUUUAGGGCAUUCUGUUGGGGGACUGCUUGAGGCAAAGAGAGGUUAACCAGCAACAUUUUAAUUUAUAUACUGUACAAAUGAUUGUGUGAAGUGUCCUGUAUGAAAAAAAAGAAAAAAAGAAAAAAAAUCAUCAGUAUUUACUGGGGUUGUUGAUAUGUCUGUCCUUGGUAUCACUCAGCCCCCCCUCUUUCACUCCCUUUUCUCUUUGUAGUUAAACAUCUGUGGGGUGCACAAUGUUAAAUAUCAACCAUUUAUUUUUUUGAAAUCUGUACAGUGUAUAUAAAAAAAUAUAAAUGUGUAUAUAAAACAAAGAUA